AUGCCGGAUCCCCCUCUACCUUUGCGUGCAUCGGGAGACCUUGAUCAUCCUUUUCUGGGCACUCUUGCCCUUGCGACCAAACAGUACAUCCGUGAACUCACCACAUAUUCAUGCAUGGUACACCUUGACAAGGACAGAAGAAAUAUAAAUUGUCUGUGAAAUCUUCGCCUCUUUGGCACUGACCUACCACACGGAAUCAGAGAUGCCAAGAAUGCAAAGCAUAUGGCCGAGGAACUGAGCAUCACGGAAAGAAGACUGAUGUUCGAUGCUUUACGUAAAAAGAUGGCUGAUCAAUACAUGGAACAAAAAAGGCUGCAACAAGCAGAAAUUCAUAACGAUGAUCUUCUCAGAAUAUGGUACGUAUCAUUACUAUCUUCCUAUGUGCUCGGAUUUGUCGACACUGCCUUAAUGAUUAUUGCUGGUGAAAGUAUUAACAGCUCAUUCGCUACCGUCUACGGUAUGUCAAUUAUGGGCGCAGCUGCUCUUGGAAAUAUCUUCACAAGCGUUGUUCUAUUACAAACCCAAGUUCACAUCGUCAACCUUAUAACACGAUUUGGUCUCAACGGAUCCCUUUGUGGACUUUUUCCCCUCCUACUUUACCACAAUCUGACCGUCGAGGAAAUCGAACGAAAAGCUAGAGCGCUGACCUAUGUGUUCAGAGAUCAUCAUGAAAACGCACCGGAAAUGAUAGAUCAACCAGCCGAGUACACACCUACUGAACAUAUUAUUAAACGAUGUCUGGAAGUUGAGGCGAAAGACAAAGAGGUGUCCCACAGCUGUGGUGUCGACGAAGAUGAAGCAAUCGUAUUUCAACGGAGCAAUUUGUAG